AUGAUUCCAUCGGUAAGACAUAGGUUCAAUCUUCCGAUGAAGCUGGAUCACUACACGACCCAAUGUGACUAUGUGCUCAGGUUUUGCCCACGUACGAAGAAUGCCCGCAAAAAACUAAAAAGCACCCUCAGUGACGAAGGCGUUUCUUGGCCACCGGCUGAUGGGGCCUUCCUCAAGUCUAAGGCCACUUAUGAGGCUUUGGUAACUUUUUCAAGAGAAGCUCUUACAAAUCGCACGGACAGAUAA